UCAAACCUGUUCAUCUAAUUAUGGUAUACCUAUCAUAAUUACUUGCUGCCCUCCACACUAUCUUGCGCCAUAUCCCAACCGGAGAUCUAGCAGUACUCUAGCACUACUCUAUUUAUCCACACUAUCCUGCGCCAAACCUCACCGGAGAUCUAGCACCACUCACCGGAAAUCUAGCCUUACUCGCCGGAGAUUCUCCGAUGGACAAAACACGGACUGCAAGUCCGGUAUAUCCACGCAAAUGGAGCAGCGAAUCUGGCGCCACUACAACCACUGCCGUUUCUUCGUCUCCGGGACGCUAUCACCACAACCGUUCGUCUUCAAACUCCGGCAUGUCAAACAUCAAGAGGAAUCAAAAUGUUGCAGCUAAAGCCGCGGCUCAGCGGCUGGCUCAGGUUAUGGCUUCUCAGGCUACCGACAUUGACGCCGACGAUGAUGACGAGGACGAUGACCUAGACUUCCGAUUUGCUCCUCCGUCUAUUAACCGGAGACCUCCGCUUAAUGCGAACAAAGUUACAACCGCCAAUGCUGCUAAUAGACCUUCCGUUGUUCCAUCAGCUGUGAAUAAUAAUAAGAUCGCCGGAUCUCCGUUACCUACGCUAGCUAGGACCAGAUCAGAGGAAACUCAGCCAUCGCGGAUUACAUCUGCAUUGAGUGGAGUGCCAUUGAAAUCAAAUAGCAUGCUGCCAUCGUUACCGCCAAGCAAAGCAUCUUUGAGAACCCCAAUGGCUAUUCCUCCAAUUGAUCCUCCAAGCAAGAAACAAACAGACAAAAGGUUCCCUAUGGAACUGGGAGAAAAUAACUCGAAAAAUGCAGAUGGGCAAGAGGCUUCUGCAAUUCGUGAUGAACUUGAUAUGCUACAAGAAGAGAAUGAGAAUGCCCUUGAGAAGCUUAGAAUUGCUGAAGAAACUUGUCAAGAUGCAGAGAAAAGGGUUAAGGAGCUUGAGAAGCAGGUGGCUUCUCUUGGCGAAGGAAUUUCGUUGGAAGCAAAAUUGUUAAGCAGGAAGGAAGCUGCAUUGCGCCAAAGAGAGGCUGCACUUAAAGAGGCCAAAAAGGCUAAAGACGGAGUAAAUGAAGAAGUUUUAUCGCUCCGGUCAGAAGUCAAGAAAGCAAAAGAUGAGGCUGCAGCUGUUGUGGACCAACUUCAAGGAAUCGAGUCUGAAGUCAAAGCUUUUCACUCAAUGACACAGAGAAUGGUUUUAACUCAGAGUGAAAUGUUGCAGGAGGAAGUAGUACUAAAGCGUUGUUGGCUCGCACGAUACUGGGGUUUAGCUGUUCGCCAUGGUAUUUGUGCUGAUGUUGCAGUUUCUAAGCAUGAGUAUUGGUCGUCUUUGGCACCUCUUCCCUUCGAAGUUGUUGUUUCAUCUGGGCAAAAGGCAAAAGAAGAAUGCUGGGAUAAAGGUGAUGGUAAUCAGGAAAGGAGGAGUAAGCUUGUGCAGGACUUAAAUGAUCUAACAAGCGAAGGGAAUAUUGAGAGUAUGCUUACCGUUGAAAUGGGUUUGAAGGAGCUUGCAUGCUUAAAGGUUGAAGACGGGAUCGUGCAGGCACUGGCCCAAUUGCGGCGUAUGAACUUGGCUCGACAAACUAUGUCAGAUGCUAAGUCUUCAGGUGACCCAAAGUUUAUGGAGGCAUUUGAGUUGAGCCCAGAGGAGUCUGAAGACGUUCUUUUCAAAGAGGCAUGGCUUACUUAUUUUUGGAGUAGAGCAAAAAGGCUUGGUAUUGAGGUGGAAACCGCAAAGGCAUGUCUUGAAUUUUGGAUUAGCCGAAGCGCACAUUCUCCAACUUCACAUGACGCUGUUGACGUUGAGCAAGGGUUAAUGGAGCUAAGAAAAAUGGGCAUCGAGCAUCGUCUAUGGGAAGCAUCAAGGCAAGGAAGUUGAUCCACCAAUGCACAAUAACACUUGCUACGAAUUGUCAACAUUGGACCUCAUGAUACUUGGUUAAUUCCCGAGUUUUUCCCACUUUAUAAGUUGGCAACACGGUUUUCAGUCUCUUAACAUCACAGUUUAAUAUGUAUGUUAUGUUCUUGAAUCCUCUCGAGCCAACUUCAUUAAAUUUUAAAUCUACCAUAAUAUAGUAAGAGUCAUGUAUUUGAGUUGAUAUAAGUUGGUUUUGCGAAUGGCGGGUGUGUGUUCUGCCAUUCUUGAGGUAGAGGUAGCAAAUGGGUGCAUCGGGUGACGGGGUUCAAAUGAGUUCGGGUUUGGGUCAACACUUGGUACUGAGUUGAAACAAGUGGGUGUGGGUUGGAUGCUUGGAUGUUUAUGUGAAGGUUGCUAAUAUAAUGAUUGCUACUACUACAACCAUUUUGAAUUAUUAUGCUUA